AUGUCGAAUACAAAGACCCUCAUCUUAACAUCGACCUACCCCACCGACAUCUCACCGCCCAAAUCCGGCCAUCACCACCGGGUCCGGCAUCGAAUGAUUUGCAUUCUGCAUGUUGGGGGCCUGUUGACUAGCCUGGUCGCCAUUUCACUUUUCGCUGCCGCCAUUCCCAAAUGGAACGCCAACUUCUUCCACAACACGGGCCCUAACACCGGCGACUGGACGGAUGGCAUGCCUCUGGCACCGUUGGCCCUCGCCCUUUUGUAUCAUGCUGCCACACUCGUCCACUCCCGAAUAGCAAGACUACGGAGUUCCUCGCGGCGUACGAAUGACAACCCUAGGCAGCAGCGGCCGUCGCCAUCUCUAUCUCGCCGCUCUAUCAUAUUGCACAUCACCCUGCCGACCCUGGUGCUGGCCAGCUUACUGCCGUCUUUACUGCUAGCAGGCUACGGGUCCUUGUUUCGUGUAUGGCGGCCCGCCGUGCGCACUCAGUCGGGCAUCUUGGUCUGCAACAUGCUCAACGUGUUUGCCCCGGAAUGCGAACCUGUACUGUACUCCAUUGGCAACCUGCAGAUCGGCGGAAUCGUCAUGGGAGUGUUGGUCUGGACCGUCCACUUUGCCUUGUUGCUCGACGCGGCAAGGAAUAUGCGUCGGUUCAGACUUGUCAGGCAGCUCCAGCGGGAGAAACUGGCGCAUUAUGGUGACGCUGACCAUGGCCGUGAGAGGAGCCACAGACACAGACGCAAACAUUCCAAGCGUGGCAGUAACGGUAGCGGCAGUCAGGAUGGGACAAGUCCCGCUUCACGCCCAGACCAUCAUCGACAAGAUAUUCCCAGGUCAUCAGGACAGAACUCUACAGAUCCAAGGCUGGGCUCGGGGCCGUCGAGACCAGGCUUCCCGAGCGGAGGCACCGCAGGAGUGGUACCGGAAGCCGGUCGAGGAGUACCACGCGGCUGGACCGAUACGGAGGGACUCGCGCACCCUGGUGUGCCUGUUUAUUUUGUUCGGCCGCCCGAGCAGAGCCAUGUUAGGUACACUUCUGCCAAAUAG